GUCGCUGGUGCCAGCGAUGUCCAGUAUAAACAGGUCAGCGUGAGUGAAGUGAGUGAGUGAACAUCAGCGAGAUGGCCGCGGCUCACACACUACAGGCCCAGCUCACACUGGCCGCCUUCUUCUGCCUUCUCCUCCCAGGUGCAUAUUUAGAGGAGGAGGCUGACAAUUGCCAGAAUGUAUUUAGUGCCGAUAACUACCUGAACUUGACCAACAGCCUCAAGUUAUUCAACAACUGUUCCCAGCAGGCCAUGCAGCGCUUGGAGGCGGGGAAGCUGAGCGAACUCUACAAGUUGCUGCAGAACGCUGCAGACAGCCUGCGAUCACUCCGUGUGAGAGAAGCUUGUCAGCAUGUGAACCCCAAGAACUGCAGCUUCCCCAUCAUCCCCGCCAACGGAGGCCUGGUAUGUCUGACGCUGAACAGGACCCGCUACUGCAAGCCCAUGUGUAACAAGGGUUAUGACUUCCAGUUCCUCAGGAGAUCGCGGCCAUACGAGAGGUGUGGGGAAGAGACCGGCUUCAAGUGGACAACGCAGUACAUUGGAGGCAACCGUUUGGCCAACUGUCAAGAAAGUGCGUUAGCAGUUGCCGCUAACGCUUCUCACUACUUUGACAAGCGCUGCCUCGAUGUAGCGCAAGAUUACAGCGAAGAGACCCUCAUGAUCUCAGCAUUCCUGACGGAACUCAAGAAAGAACUGCAUGGAAAAAUCAACAAUAAAACCGUAUGCUUUCUGUGUGGUGAUACAUCCUUCCCAAUCAGCAACUCCAGGUUAUCUGUGUCCUAGUCACCCCCCCUCCAUGGAGAUCACCAAAGUCAGCAACACGUUACAAUCCCAUAUGACAAAGCCAAGCUUCUCUCUAUUACAGUCCUGAGCAUGCAUUAUUAUCCCGAGAUUCUCCUUGCAUUCUAGUUCCGGGUUUAUAUUACAACCCUGAGAUCCUCCCUGUAUUACAGUCCUGAGCUUGUAUUACAAUCUGGAGAUUCUCCCUUUGUUACUGUGGCUGAGGUUAUGUUAAAACCCCGAGAUUCUCCCCGUAUUACAUAAUCUGGAGAUUCUCCCUGUAUUACAACCCCAUGUUUAUAUUACAACUCUGACAUUCUCCCUGCAUUACAGUCCUGAGGUCCUGUUAUAGCCCUGAGAUUCACGUAUUGCAAUUACGAGCUUAAGUAAUUCUCCCUGUAUUACAGUCCUGCGUUAUUACGAGCCUGAGCUUCACUCUGUGUAACACAUUGGUACCUUCCACAAUCUUGAGGUUUCUCCUGAAUUGCAGCACUGUUCCAACCUGUAUUACAACAGUGACGCUCCCCUGUAAUACAAUACUGAGCUUCACCCUGCAUUACAACAUCAAGCUUUCCCCAUAACCCAACUUCCUCCUCGUUUGUAACGCUCUGUAUAACAACAGUGAUCUUUCCCUGUAAUCUAAUGCUGAGAUUCUGAGCUUUUCCAUUGCCUAGUAUCCUGUUGUGUUACAUCCUUGUGUUUUCUGUUGGAUUGUAACAUUAAUAAAAGUACAUCGAUGAAUGAACCAACA